GGUUAGUUGGAGCAUAUCUAAUUUUGUAAACAAACACAAGAAGGUUAGACAACAUAUUUGUGAUGUGCAAAUAGAUUAAGAAUAAGACAAACAAGUUGGAACGGAGCGAAUAAUACUUAUAAUGUCUAUAUAUGUCUUUAACUCUUACAAAGUAUUCAAUACCUCUGAGGUAGAUUUAACUUUAAAUCUCAGAUUUAGACAAAAGCAUAAGAAGAAAAUGGAGGUGAUAAACACAAAUGAAGAAAAGUAUGACAGAAAGGCUGAACUACAAGCCUUUGAUGAGACGAAAGCCGGUGUCAAGGGUCUAGUGGAUGGAGGUGUCACCGAAGUACCGAGGAUGUUUGUACAGCGAUCGCAGACUGAAGACUCAACAAUUCGCAGCAAGAAGAAGUUAUUGAUCAAGCUUCCAAUAAUUGAUCUUGAUGGCAUCAAGGAAGAUCCGAUCAAGCGAAAGAAGAUUGUUCAAGAAGUCGGUCAUGCAUCCGAGACAUGGGGUUUCUUUCAAGUGAUCAAUCACGGGAUUCCUAGUCGUGUUCAGGAUGAAAUGAAAGACGGUGUCAGAAGGUUCUUUGAGCAAGAUACUGAGGUGAAGAAGCAGUGGUAUACGCGGGACUUGACAAAAGAGUUUACGUUUAACAGCAAUUUUGAUCUGUUUAGAGGACCGGUAACCAACUGGAGGGACACUUUUCGCGCCACCAUAGCUCCUAUACCUCCAAGUCCUGAACGACUCCCUCCUGUCUGCAGGGAUAUUCUCCUCGAGUACACAAACCAAGUGAUGAAAUUAGGCGAUACGCUAUUUGAACUACUGUCUGAGGCUAUUGGUCUCGAACCAAACCACCUCAAGGAUAUGGGUUGUACGGAGGGGCUUCUAGCUUUAGGCCAGUAUUAUCCAGCAUGUCCACAACCCGAACUAACUCUAGGCGCCAGUAAGCAUGCUGACAAUGACUUUCUCACCAUUCUACUCCAAGACCAUAUUGGCGGCCUCCAAGUUCUACAUCAGAACCAUUGGGUAGAUGUUCCGCCUACUCCUGGAGCUCUCGUGGUCAAUGUAGGUGAUCUUCUACAGCUUAUAUCAAAUGACAAGUUCAAAAGUGUUGAUCAUAGAGUACAGGCAAGUAAGGUCGGUCCAAGGAUAUCGUUAGCAUGCUUCUUCAUGACAAAUUUUGCGCCAACACAAAGGCUGUAUCGACCUAUCAAGGAGCUGAUAUCAGAACACAAUCCUCCAAAGUACAGAGAAACAACAAUUGCAGAGUUCACAACUUAUUUCAAUAACAAAGGGCUAGAUGGAACUUCUACUUUGUUGCAUUUUAGACUUUAGACUAAAUAGUUCAAGCCAUUAAUGGAACAAAUAUAAUUGCAAUAUAGAUAUUGUAUCACAUAAUGAUGUUUGUACAACCAUUAAUGCCAAACUAUGUAUGCUCAUUAUGCUUUAGAAGCACUUCUUGAAUAAUUAUGUUCAUCAUUCAUAGAUUAAUUGAUUCACCUUUGGUAAAUCCUAAGUUCUACUAAUAGUGAAAGUCAACUUAUCCAUUUAUUUUCAUAUGCUCAAACAAGUGUUCUGAAAUAUUGUGAAUAAUAUUCAGGCCAAAAGCCUACUUUUUUUUUGGUUCCCCAUCCGGUAUAUGGUGCCCGCAUUGGAGCCCCGACUAAUCCGGAUCGCGUGUUGCAAGGCCUAUUAAGGUGGCAGAGCUCCCAACAGAGUUCUCUCUGUAUCUAAAGUCAAACCGUCGACUUCUUAUUAAGGAUAGAGCAGCCCCAUCCACUGCACCACAACCCAUGUUGGUCAAACGCUUACUUAGAGUAUCACAUUUGGUAGUAUUUUAGUUGGCCGUCCUUCUAUGCCAAACUAGCACGAUGGGGUUCCCCUUCCUCGGACCAAGAGGCUUGGACUUCAGCUCACUUAGCAAACGAGGCUUGGGAUAGGGCGAAUGGUUAUGGCGUAUCGUAGAUCGGACACUUCUUUUCGAGGCUCCAUGCUAGAGAAGGUGUUAUGAACCAAUUAUCCCAC